AUGAAAAGAGCUGUACAAACCGCUCGGAAUAUUCGGAUACCCUAUAUUCGUCAAAGUUUCGCCAUUACUGCGCCGUUGGCGUCUUGUUUUCAGCAAGUUUCUUCCUUUCCUGGUCUGCGACCUACACGUGCGCAUUAUACGGCAAUGUCCUCGUCGCAAUGGACAUCAACGCCCCGAAAUUUUUCAAAGGCCGGUACCGAUUUAAUCGAUCAGUUAUUAGAAUUUGAAGAGGAGACUCUACCAACGUAUCGACCUGAGAAAUAUUACCCAGUUCAUCAAGGGGAGGUGCUCCACAAUAGGUAUCAAAUGCUUGCUAAGCUGGGCUACGGGGUGACCUCAACUGUUUGGUUUGGUAAAGAUCUACUUGAUUCCAAAUACGUCGUUUUGAAGGUCUAUGUAACGGGCCAGGAAACGAAUCAUGAACUGCAAGUUUACGAACGUAUGAACUCGGUGCCAACAGGACACCCAGGGAAAAGGUUCAUUCGCAAACUCCUUAACCAUUUCUCCAUUGAAGGGCCUCAUGGCUGGCAUGUCUGCCUUGUACAUGAACCACUGGGAAUUAGUGCAAGCGAGCUGAUGCAGUGGAUUCCGGGUCAGGCAAUGACUCUUGAAGAUUUGAAACCUUGCAUCAGGCAGCUACUUGUCAUUUUGGAUUACCUGCACUCUGUGCCCAAUGUCAUCCAUACCGACCUUCAAUUGAAAAAUCUACUACUCCCCGCACCAGAUGACAAGACGCUUUCAUCCUUUGAAGAAAAGGCAGUUGAGGCACCAUCACCAAGGAAGGUGCUAAAGGACCAAACAAUAUAUAAAUCUUCAAGAUUCCCACUAAGUAAUGGUAUACCUCUGCUUAGUGACUUUGGUGAAGCUCGGUUUGGCGACAAGGAGCACGUUGAGGAUAUCAUGCCGAAAGUCUACAGGGCCCCCGAGGUUAUCUUGAAAAUGAAGUGGGAUCAUAAGGUGGACAUUUGGAAUGUUGCCAUGGUUGCAUGGGAUUUAGUUUGCUCCCACACUCUUUUUGAUGGUAAAAAUCCCGAUGGCAUUUUUGAUGACCGGGUCCACCUAGCGGAGUUGGUUGCAGUUCUGGGGGCCCCGCCACCUGAGUUCCGUGGAAAGAGCAAGCUUACUUCGGUUUUCUGGGAUGAGUCUGGCAACUGGAAGGAAUUGGCCCCUAUUCCCAAUAUAACUCUACAAACUUUAGCAACCGAAAUUCGUGGUGAGGACAAAGAGGGGUUUUUACGAUGGCUUCGAGCUGCUCUGCAGUGGAACCCUAAGGAUAGGCCUACAGCGAUAGACCUCCUCUAUGAUGAAUGGAUGAUGAAGGGACUUAAGCUACGGAAAGCCAACGGAAGCAACUGA